CCGCCGCCGCCCCCCACCCCUCCCUCCGCGUCCGCCUUGCCCCUCAGCACAGCCGCCGCCCUCCCGCCUGCCCCCGUCCUGCUCUGCUCCGCAUCCGCACGACCGCCUCGCUCCGGCCUCCGCCUUGCCCCAUCGCCGCCCCUGGCAUUUCGGGCGGCGGCGUCGAGCCCAUAUGACGAUACUCCGCCUCCUGCACCGCUCGGUGCUCCUGGGCACUGGGGAAAUCUCAUCUCAACGGGCAGCCCUGCUACCUCGGCGCCACUACACCGCACCAUGGCAGCCCGUUACACCCUCAGCUCCUUCUGCGCAAGGAUACAAAGCUUGCCACUACAGUGCGGAGGUGCUAGGCUCAAUCCAAGGGCGUAUGUUCCACAACAUCAUCAAGCAGAGUGGUCGACUGCCUGCAUUAGCACAAGCGGCGUUGCUCCAUCGACGCCACCACACCAUCCCAUGGCGUGGGGAGUUCUCGGCUUCAACUCAGGGACGGCCCCGCAACAACAUCAAGAUCAAUGUUCAACCCCCUGGCAUCCGUCUCCCUCGGCGCUACUUCAGCACUCCGGCCCCAUCGAGAUCUGGUAGCUACUUUUGGUUUUUGUGCAAGGUCACGGCAGCAGCAGCUUUCAUCAACAUCAUGUGGUCGUUUGUUUACCACACCUAUCUCGUUCAGAUUCCAUACACCAGCCGCACCCCCUUCUUUCACCUUGAGACAGUGCCCUAUACCAACCGGGCUCAUCUUGUCAUCCGCUCCCCUCUAGACGACCGCGAGUAUGCCGAGUCAUGUUUUGCAAUUGUUAGGAAGAACCACUCCUCCAGGUUCCUUAGCCCGCUCCACCCAGACAGUGUCCGUGUCAAUUUUAUCACAGCGCAACUUCUCCGUGCUGUUCAGCGCGGCCUUGACAUCAAGAGCUAUGAGGUGGCCUUGGUUCAUGAAUCCUCUUGCAAAGAUGUGAGCUUGGAUGCCAGGCAUGCAAUUGAGAGCAAGAAACAAGGCAAGUUAUGCAGAUCACAACCACAAACAUCGCACCUUGAUGGGUUAGUCUGGGAGGUGAUUGUUGUUAAAAAUGAUAGGCACAUUGGUGCAAUUUCGUGGCCCCAUGGCAAGAUUAUAGUGUUCACUGGAUUGCUCAUCCAUUUGAAGACUGAUGCUGAAAUUGCUACUGCUCUUUCGCAUGAGAUUGCACACGUGGUUGCCAGGCACUCAUCAGAGUCAAUCGUCUACAAGAAGUGGUUCCCUUUUCCCCUCAUGGUGCACUUCCUAAGAAGGAUGGAGAUAGAGGCAGAUCACAUUGGAAUGCUGCUAAUGGCUGCUGCUGGUUUCGAUCCACACAUAGCUCCUAUGGUACUUGAGAAGCAAGGGAAUGACAUUUAUCAUCCUUCAGGGAAGAAAAGAGCACAGCUUUUAUCUAGAGCGAAGGUCAUGGAUGAGACGCUGGAAUUAUAUAGAGAAGUUAUGCCAGCCAAGGCACCAGAGGUUUAAAUUCAGUUGGUCGGCCUGCAAUGUUUAAAAUGCUCACUUGUGCAGAUUCAUCCUGUUGCAGCUGGCUCAGAUUGCGGCGAACAAGCAUGAAGAACGUUUGCCCUCUUGUGAGAUGCCUCCGAUGGCAAUAGCAAUCAGCAGGUGGAUUGUCUAGAACUAUUUUGUGUGCCCUUCCAUGUUUUAUCCCAUCAAAUCCUGUAGCUGAAAAGGCAUUGCAAGUCUGCUUAGGUCAAUCUGCUGUUGAGAAGUGAAAUUGAUUGUUGAGCCCACCCACAACCCGCAAAUUUUUCAUCUCUGUACCUGCAUUCGGCACUUGCAUGUUUCACCAUUCAGUAUUCUGGUUACAAACUAGAAAUUGUUCAAGCAUGACCGAGUAUUGGUCUCGAUCUUAUUAUGGCGCAGACAUCUUGUGGACGCGCACGAGUUUUAGCAAACACUGUUAAUCUAUAGCUUGUUUGAACAGAGAAUGCAUAUAAAACAUCCGAA